AUGAGCGAACCCCACAUCCGGAAUCUCAAGCGUUUCUUGAUCGAUCUACCUUCAGGUCUGAACUACCAGCUCACAGACUGGGCGAAAAAAGAAAUCCGCAAGGCGCUUUUUCUUUCUGUGUCGCAGAGCGGCGUGUUCAUGGACAGGUUUUUCCCCAAGUUGUUCUCGGAAAACCACGAUUCCGACUCGGUCUUGUGGCUUUUGGAAGAUGAGUUUCUGUGGCUGCUAGACAACUACUACUCGAAGAUCUCCAAGGGCAGAAACCCGAACCAGAGCGUCCACACCAACCACACCCAUCACCCGCAGCUGCCGUGCUCGCGGAUUUUCCGCCGAGGCGAGCCUAUCUACAAAUGUCUAACUUGCGGCUUUGACGAAACGUGUGCCUUGUGUUCUCACUGCUACGACCCAAAGUCCCACGACGGCCAUGCGGUGCACAUUGCCAUCUGUCAGAGAGAAAACGGCGGCGUUUGUGACUGUGGCGAUCCAGAGGCGUGGGUGCAAGAAUUCCAGUGUCUACAUGCAAACGACGAAGACGCCGAUCUUCUGGGCCAGUCGCUUCCUCAGGAGCUCUGCAACUCCUUCUACCGCACCAUGGAGGUCGUCUUGGACUACAUCAUCGACGUCAUGUGCCAGAGCGACUUGCAGUUCUACUCGCCUUGGGACGUGGCCAUGUAUCCCGAAAAAUACUCCAACAACUGCUCGCUCGACCCGAGAAAAUACGGCUACGAAGAUGUGGACGACUCCAACUACGACAUGCCCAGCGACAAGUACAGCUUGAUUGCCUACAACGACCAAGUUCGGCAUUUCCGAGACGCAGUCCAGAGAAUUCAUUUGGCGAGCAAAAAAGUGCCUGAGUUUGCCACCAUGGUGGCUGAACGGCUCCAGAACCAUGGCAGGGCCACGGUGAUCCGUUCACGCGACGUCAACCUUCUUUUUGAACGCCAGAAAAUCCUCAGUGCAACAGGUCUCUCGUCUUGCAUUAGAAACGCUAGAGAUGAGUUUCGUGAGGCCAUGUGCCACGAGAUUAUUCUCUGGAUGGGCAGCAUAACUGAAUGCGAGUUUUUCAAAGCCAAUCAGACGGUCAAAGAUCUCUUUUGCAAGGCCUUCUGUUCUCCGUGGAACAAGGGCCUUCUUACAUCGGUCUCAAAUAACCACAGCGAAGACUCCCAGGGAAAACUAGAUAGCUCUUUCUUCAUUUCCAAAAUUGAGUACCCAAACGCACAGGAAGAGAAGUCCCACUGGUCUUUCAAGCCUUCGCCUUGGAAACUCCCGCCGCAUUUAUGCAAAGAAUGCGACUACAACUUGGUGACUGACUCUAAUACUGAAAACGGAGAAAUACUCUCCAGUAACGACGAAGUCUCUAACGGAUUGAUGACGGCCAAUGGAACGAGCGACAGACUAGAGGUUUCCACAUUGGAGAAAAACUCUGUACUGGAUAAGGGCCACUUUGGGUCCAGAUUUCAGUACAUGAUUUACUUGGAUGUGCGGUUUUGGAAAUCUAUACGUGUAUUCCUUCACGACUUAUACUCGACUUCGCUCAUUACCAAUCUCACUUACAAAUCUAUCAUGAACUGUCAGUAUGUUGACAUAUACCCAAAUAUCGCAGACAUGUUUCUCACACUUGAUGGCGAACCCGAACUUAAUAUCAUGUCUACGCUUUCGACACAACUUUUCACAUGCCCAUCUAAUUCAACAGCCAUUAUAGCACAUGGCGAUGUGUCGAGGUUCUUUGCAUCUAUCCACAGCUUUUUGCGUACAGGCCUGAUCAAGGGCACCGAUACUAGUACAGAAACAAACACCAUCCUUAUGUCAAGUUUAAAAAAUCGGAGGUGGGGUCAAAUCUUCUUCGAUUUAGGCUACGUCUUGAGUCAUGGCAAAGCCCAUGACAUUUUCCUGAGUGGGAAUAUAAUACCCAUGGCGUGCGACAUUCUUUCAUCUUUCCAAGGAAGGCCAGUGAUGAAACGAGAAAAGGAGAGUCAUGUCGAGUAUGAAAGCUCCGACUAUACCGCAUUUUUCCACGCCAUUCUGGUGAUUUAUCAAUAUGCGGAAUACAUUGCUCAAUGUAUCACGCAUCUUGAUCCCGAAGCUAAACGGUGUAUCUCGCACAAUUCUAUUUCUAAUAUCGUGGAGUACUUAUUGCGCUUGGAAAGUAUGACCCAAGAUGGUGCAUUGACGGACUAUAAUGAAGUUGAUUACGGACAGAAGGAAGAGGCAGGAGAAGAAAGGAAAGUAAGUUUCCUCCAUCCUAUUCAUUCGUUCUUAUCGUGGUUGAUUGAAUUUGCGAAGUUGGAUUCUGUUGAAGACCUACUAGGCAUAUUCAGUUCAGCACUUGAAUCGGCAUCAUAUGGUGCUGAUUUGAAACAAUGUAUCAUUACAAUUUUCCAGUAUCCUAUAAGAACGAUUGUCUUAUCAUCGCAAAUCAAGUCUGGAUUUUGGGUCAGAAACGGUUUCAGUGUGAGAAGUCAAUUGCAACUUUAUAAGCACACCGGUUUACGUGAACAAGGUUACAUGAGAGAUAUGUAUUUGAUUCAAGUGUUUUUAGCAUGUUCAGAACCGGAUGUUAUCAGUGAAAUCUUUUUGAAAGAAUGGCUUAUGCUCGAUGGAUGGACAAACAGCAAGGAUUCAUUUGAUGUGCCUUACGACCCUAAUAUUUUGCCCUAUAUUGUGGAGGAAUGUCUUAACUUCUUCAUGUAUUUGCUAACUGAUGACCUUUACUUGAAAGGGUUGUCUAGUGAAGAAACCUCAUACCUUAAACUAAAGGACGAGAUCAUACACAAUUUGUGCUUUGGUCCAAUGAGCUUUUCUAGAUUGUGUUCGCAAAUUCCAGAGCACAUUUGCUCUGAAAAAAGAUUCGAGAUGAUUUUGGAAGAAGUGACCGUAUUCAAAAAACAGAGAACGUCGAAGGAUACAGGGUCUUAUGCUUUAAAGGAACAAUAUCUCGACCAAGUGAACCCUUAUUACUAUAAUUAUUCAGCAAACAAGAAAGACGAUGCCAUCAAGUUUGUCAAGGAGAGAAUUCAUAAAGCUACAAACAAAAGCUUUGAAGAGAUUACCGUGAGCCCUAAAUGUGUGAAUGGCGAGGAACUUGGUAUUUUUAAAUUUAUUGGCGAUUUUACUACAUCGCCUCUAUUCAUUGACUUCCUCAUGAAAACUUUAAGUUAUAUCUUCAAAGAAGGAGUUCAUAAGAUGGAAGGCCUUUUGGAAACUACCCUUCACUUGAUUCACAUCUGCUCCAUGGAAUGUACUCUCAACGUUGAGAAGAGGGGAUCGUUUUUUGAAAAAAUCUGUCAAACCUCGGCUGUCUUUGAAACCUCUUUAGCUGCUCAGCUCUAUCGAAUCUUGUGUGAGGAGGAUUUCAAGGAUCAUCAUGCCAAGGUUAGGGAGAUAUUCAAAGCAUUGGACAGGAAACAUUAUAACGUCAUUGGGACGUUAGAACAACAUUGCAGCGACUUCAAUGCGAAAAAACUUAAGCUAGUUGUUGAGGAAACUACUUGUGAAAGCGAAAGUCAAAGAAGGAAACGCAUCGGUAAAGAGAGGCAAGCCAAGCUAAUGGCAAAGUUCAAAAAGCAACAGUCGCUGUUCAUAAAGAAGAAUAAUUUUAGCACAGACUGCAGCGACACAGAGAUGGAAGAUUUGGAGGAGGAAGGAUGGAAGUUCCCAGAAGCGCAUUGCAUCUUAUGCCAGGAUACGGCGCAAGAUGCUGGGCCGUUCGGAAUCAUUUCAUACAUAUCCAAAUCCUCCGAGUUCAGAGAAGUGCCAUUCGACGAUAAGUAUUGGUUUCUUAAAUCUUUUUCAGACAGGUCAAACCUUAAUGAGAGCGAUGAAGAUGCCACAAUCCCUGAGCAUUUUUCUGACAAUUGGAAAAACUACAUGAAAAAGAUUGAUGAUGAUUUUGUUAUAGGUCCAGGUUUCUCAAAUCAGAGACACGUCAACAGCAAGUUAGUUUCGCUGACAUGCGGCCAUGGAAUGCAUUUCAAUUGCUACAUGCAAUUUCUAUCCAGCAAUAAGGCACGGCUGAGUCAGAUCACCAGAAAUACUCCCGAUAGCGCUGAACAUCGCGAAUUUUUGUGCCCCCUUUGCAAAGCCAUCAACAAUAUGUUUAUCCCAAUAUUGUGGACGUCCAACAAUAGGUCUUUGAAACAGUUCCUCCAACCGAUGCCAGAAGCCAACCUGUUUGAUCAUUUUGAUGAACUGGUUAUCCACAAAGAAGUAUGGUUCAAUGAUUUCUGCAGGGCCACGUCGCUGGAUCUCGAGCGCUUCUCUAUAUUGGCACCUACGGCGAAAGACAUGAUUGGUAACAAUUCGGAUACGCUGAUUUCACCCAAUCAGCAACAGUUUCGAAUGCUUCUCUCGAACAUGUUUCAAAUAUUGUCCUUGCUUACAUUCCCUCAAAUUUUCAAAGCCGACUCGCCAAAUGUUUUGGUCAAUAGUUUAAAGUCCACUGAAAUCGCCUUAAGAGGAGUCAGUUCGUCUUCAAAAUUGCUUGUGCAUCAGAUUUCAAACAAUUCAUUGAUAAACUUGCGUGCUUUGAACGAAUUUCGAAUCACAAGUUUACUCAUGAAAAUAUCCAAUUGGAUUCAGCUACCCUCAAGCAAACCCGAUGCUCAUGUGAAGAUCUUGGCCAACAUUUUGACCCUUUCUGCAAACAACUUUAAUUCCUCAAUUAUAUAUUCAGAUUUCUUCGAGUUGUUAGUGAACGUGUUCCCAUUGCCCUCUACUGGUUUCUCCUUCAACUCUAUUCUCCGCACAUGCUACUGUGGUCAUUUGAUUCAGUCUUUGCACUUAAUUGCGUCACAGAUCCUUUCGCAUGAUUUUUAUGCCAACGAUGGGUACAAUAUUCUUGAUGUACCAUAUUCAGAAAUGAUCACUUCUGAGGAUGCCAACAGAGCAGCAUCAUUAUUCAAGCAAUUGAGGGUUUUCCCGUCGGAUUCGAAUCUGCAUGAGCACAUCGUCAACCAUCCUAAGUUUGGAUAUGUUAUUUACUCGAUGUUGCUCAAGUCACUUACGCCAUUUCUUCGACAGGCGGCAAUUUAUGCCUACGUUUGUUGCAGCAACACAGAGAAUGUUAAUUUUGAUGAUAUUGAGGAGCUGGUAUUUGAAGCAGACAAACUUUGCAGGUUUUUGAACAUUUCCAGCUUCAGUGAAACACUUUCAAAAAUGGCCGCGAACGACGAAGAUGGAGAACUUUCAUUUGAAGCGAAAAGGUUCCGGUCAUUUGUUUCGUAUUUGAAGAGAUCAAAUGGAAAGGGAACUUCCGAUGACCUUGCAAUCAGGAAAACUCUUGAUUACCCUGGGGUGGUGCGCUUAGUUAAUCUUCCAGAAAGAUUGGACUAUUUCUUCACCAGAUACUACUACCUGGACAAAUACGAUAAACCACAUUUAUCGAUCGAAAAUCCAGCAGUAUGCUUGUUUUGCAGUGAAGUGGUGGACGUUCAAAAAAACGCUAUUGGGUCCAAGUACGGCCAAUGCAGCACGCAUUUUUUGAAAGAGUGCUCUAACAGUGUCGGAAUAUUCCUUUUGCCCAAAGAAAGAGCCAUGUUGUUGCUUCAUAAGAACGGAGGUUCAUUCCAUGAUGCACCAUAUCUCAACCAACAUGGGGAGGUUGGUGGAGAGAACAAGAAAGGUAAGACGGUUUAUUUGCUGAAAGAACGGUAUGAAGAUUUUACAAAGAACGUUUGGUUACAACAUAAUAUUCCUAAUUACAUUGUCCGAAAACUUGACAGUGUCAUCGACGCUGGAGGCUGGGAGACUUUGUGA